AUCAACUUUCAGACGAAGCUAGAAGCGACGGACAAAAUAGUGAAAAAGAGCUGGAUUCCGAUUCUACGGAUUCAUCUUGCAUAAUGGAGAUUGAAAAUGACAUUACAAAUAUGAUCGCUAGAAGUCAGUCUCCUGAUCCUGAACAGGAUGAAGCUUUUCGACUUCUUAAACUAGAACUAGAUGGAAAGAAUAAAAUGAUUGAAGAGCUUAAACAAGGAAUCCAAGUAGCUUCCGCUAAUCACGUAGCUGAAUCUAGUGAAAAAGAUUCGCUAAUUGAAUCUCUCAACAUACGCCCAGAUACUUCACAAAAAACAAAAGGACUAUAUAUUGAAGAAAUUGAAGCCGCUAUGAAAGAUAAGGAUUACCAAAUCGAGGUUCUCGCUAAAU